UUUAAAUACCAAUUUUUAGCAAUCUUUUCAUUGUUUUUUUUUAAUUAAUUACGAUCGGCGAUAAUUGUUAUUGAAUUCUUGUUGUUGUUGUUGUUGUUAUUUAUUGUUGAAAAUUUAAAACUGACUGAUUGAUUAACUUAGGACGAAUUUUUUUUUGUUUGUUUGUUUGUUUCAUGUGAAAAAAAACCAUUGCUUUCACGGCGACAACCACGACAACAACAACAACAAAAAAAAUUGCUCAUUCGAUUGCACAAGUGGGCUGUUACUAAACUUUUUUUUUUUUUUGUUCGAAUUAAAUUCAUUCAUUCAUCAUAAUCAUAUAUAGUAAAUAAAUUAUUGGAUCGGAUUUUUCCAUCACCCUCAUUUUUUAUAUCUUAAUAUUGACCAAAGAAUCAAUCAAUAUUCAUCAAUGAAAUCAUUUGAUUUACUUCAAGAAGAUGAGGAAAUGUCUACUUGUGAUGAAUCAAGUAAUUGUGCAACAAAUAUUACAGAUGCUGAAGUUGAUCUUCCGAUAAUAAACAAUUAUUAUUUAAAUAAAUUACAACAACAAAAUGCUACAAAUAAAUCUUCGACGGCUACGACAACAACAACAGCAACAACGUCAUCAUCAUCAUCAUUAUCAUCAUCAACAGCAGCAGCUGCAACUACAACAACAACAACAACACCAAUAACAUCAUCAUUAUCACCGAUAAAUAAAUCGACAACAUCAAUAUUUGCCACCGAUCCAGUGGUUACUGGCUGUACAAAUUCCGAUCUAGAUAGACAAAUUGAACAAUUACGACGUUGUGAAAUAAUUACCGAAAGUGAAGUGAAAAGUUUAUGCUCAAAAGCACGAGAAAUUCUAUUGGAAGAAUCGAAUGUUCAAAGAGUUGAUGCACCUGUUACGGUUUGUGGUGAUAUUCAUGGACAAUUCUAUGAUCUCAAAGAAUUAUUCAAAGUUGGCGGUGAUGUUCCAACUACCAAUUAUCUAUUUAUGGGCGAUUUUGUUGAUAGAGGAUUCUAUUCGGUAGAAACAUUUUUACUUUUAUUAGCAUUGAAGGUUCGAUAUCCGGAUAGGAUUACAUUGAUUCGUGGUAAUCAUGAAUCAAGACAAAUCACUCAAGUGUAUGGCUUUUAUGAUGAAUGUCUUCGUAAAUAUGGUACAUCAACAGUUUGGCGUUAUUGUACCGAAGUAUUUGAUUAUCUAUCUUUAUCUGCGAUUAUUGAUGGUCGAAUAUUCUGUGUUCAUGGAGGCCUUUCACCAUCGAUACAAACAUUGGAUGAAAUACGUAUUAUUGAUCGUAAACAAGAAGUUCCUCAUGAUGGUCCAAUGUGUGAUCUAUUAUGGUCUGAUCCAGAAGAAACAACUGGCUGGGGUAUGUCACCACGUGGUGCCGGUUUUCUAUUUGGUUCAGAUGUUGUCCAACAAUUCAAUAAUACAAAUCAUUUGGAAAUGAUAUGUCGUGCACAUCAAUUAGUAAUGGAAGGAUAUAAAUGGCAUUUCAAUGAAUCAGUGUUGACUGUUUGGUCGGCACCAAAUUAUUGUUAUCGUUGUGGUAAUGUAGCCGCAAUACUUGAAUUAGAUGAAAAUCUUACACGUGGUUUCACUAUAUUCGAAGCUGCACCACAGGAAACAAGAGGCGUACCAUCUAAAAAACCACAAGCUGAUUAUUUCCUUUAAUUAUACUGAUAAUAAUAAAUGGAAAAGCUGAUAUUUACGGUUAUUUUAUCAUCAUCAUCAUCAUCACCAUCAUCAUGAUCAUCUUAUGUUUAUGUUUUGUAUAUCGUAUGUAUCUCGGUUAGGAAAUGGUUCAUUGUCAUUGUGUUUUUUUUUACAUCUUAUCAAACUCAAAUCGCCAUUUUUUUUCUAAAAAAAAAAAUA